AUGGCUUACAAGGCCAGAGGAGGCUUCUGCGGCACAACGCUGCCAACAUAUCUAGGCUUUGCCAUCCUUGGCUUCUUCAAUGCGGUUGUGCCGUUUGUUGUCCACUCGGCAAACUACCUCAUCAUCCCAUACCCGCGCUGGAUCGUCCUCCUCAUCGAGACCAUCCCAGCCCUCAUCACCAAACUGGUGAUCCCUCACGUCCUCCACCAUGUGCCCUACUGGAUGCGCCCUCUCACCGUCGGCGGCGGCUGGAUCAUCGUCGCCAUCGUGACCAAGAGCACACCGCCAAACAUCGCCCCUCCGAUCCGCAUCUUCACCUCAGCCCUCGCGUCCGUGUCGGCCGCCGCCAUGGAGGUUUCGUUCCUCGGCAUGAUGCGCUACUAUAGCCGCGCAGGCCUCGCAGGAUGGGGAGCCGGUGUUGGAGCUGGCGCUGUGUUUUGCGCCGUUCUUCCGUUUGUUCUUACCGUCUGGAUGGAGUCGUUCCUACGCGAUUUUAUCGAUUGCAUCUAUGCGCUCACGGGUGCAAUGCUUGUCGCCUUCUUUGUCGUCUUGCCUGGAGCACCCGUGAAUUAUCCCGAGGCGCGACAGGAUCGCGGCAAGGUGCAUGUUGAAGAUGGACCGACUCUGGCGAUGCAGGAUCCAGUUGAGGAGCUUUCACGUGCUCUGAGCACAACAAACCGAGUCAACCUCACAAAGGCCAUGGUUCGACCUUUCAUGGUUCCUCUAUUCGCGGCGUUUGCAUUACAAACACUUGCGUACCCUGGCAUUUCUCGGGCACUGCCGCUUCCUUCGUCGACUGGGUCCUUCUUCUCGUAUUUCACGAGCUACGGCCUCGCGUUCCAAAUCGGUAGUUUCAUUGCCCGGACUCAUACCCCGCUGCUACGGCCCGAGAGCACCAGGGUUGCCUUGACAGCUCUGAACGUCGUUUCUGCAGUAUUCCUCACCAAUGCGGUACUGCUCGUCUUUUCGGCACCUGUACCCGUGGCACUGCUGGCCUUUGGUGCUGGCCUCGGGGGAGGAGCCGUCUACAUGAUUGCCAUGGGCAAAGUAUUGGAGGAGAAGUCGCUCGAACCUGGAAUCAACCAGGAGUUCAGUCUCCAGGUCGUGGGAGCUGGUGAGACGGCUGGCGUUAUUGUUGGUGGACUGCUGGGCAACUCCAUGCUUGACAUCUUGAACCACGACUUUCAUCAAUCCACUUGCCAGCUUAGACAUGUCAAAUGCGACGAGCAAGGCCCUCCUUGCACAAACUGCGCAGCCCGUGGUCUCGAGGGCUGCUCAUACCUCCCAGAUCCCCCCUCUCAGCUACCCGCAACAGAGACCCGUCGACGUCUUGAGCUGGAGCUGAUGCACCGCUGGUCCACGCGCACAUUCAUGAGUCUCGUCUGCAUUCCCGAGGAUAUCAAGUGGCUGCAGGGCGACAUGCCAAUCUGGGCACUCAAGAACGAGUACCUCCUACACGGCAUGUUUGCCUUUGUAGCGCUCGAAAUAGGCCUUUGCGGCGACGCCGUCAUGGAUGAGGAUCCUGUUGUCUACGUCAAGUUGGCGUUGGAGUACUACGACAAGGCGAGCAGGGCUUUCCGUGCGCAGCUCGAGAAUGUGACGCCAGAGAAUGCGCAAAAGAUGUUCAUGUUCUCCUUUCUCGCCGUGGGGGUCAACAUGGCACUCGCCCAGUGUGAAGGCAUGAUUGCGUUUGAACAAAACAUCCUGGAGCGCAUGGUUGCGUUAUGGGAACUACUGAUGGGUAACGCUUCUAUCGCUGAUAGGUACUAUGACGUCCUCAUCUCGGGUGCCCUGUCACAGUCUACAGAGGCGAUCCUGAUUCGGACGUCACAGCAGACUCAGACGCCGGCGUCCUUGCCGAGUGAGACCGAAGCUGCACUCGAACGGCUAUCGGCCAUCAUCGAAAAGGCCAUUCAACCGCGAGGGGGUGAGAGCAGUGACCCGGAAGCUCAUACAGAGGACGCCGUCCGCACCCGCAUAUACCGGUCCAGCUUCACAGCCAUCAAGAAAUGCUUCGAGGUGGACUCCAAGGACCUGUACAAGGGGGCGGCCAUCGGGUUCCCUGCCAUGGCAGGCCGCGAGUUUGGCCCGGCCCUCAAGAAGUCGGACCCCGUGGCCAUGUUCCUCAUGAUGCACUGGGGGGUGCAACUACACGCCCUGGGAAAGCUGGCGUGGUGGGUGGGCUCCUUCGGCCAGAAGAUGGUGCGCGAGUUGUCGGGGAUGCUAUGGGAGUCUGGCCUAGGGGCCGACGCACCCGGGUGGAGGGAGAACAUCACCUGGGCCAGGAUCGAGGUUGAGCUGAUACCGCUGGGGGGUGUGACGCCUGAGGAGGAGGUUCGGGAGUAG